AUGAGCAACCUCGACGCGGCCAGAGUUGCGGAGGAACUGCCGCCGCUGCCUCACCGGUCCCGCUUGCAGCGCCUGUACGCCUCGCCCGUCGUCCAGGUCUUCCUCAUUUCCGCAAUCUGCUUCUGUACUCCGGGCAUCUUCAAUGCAAACUCGGGCGUAGGCGGCGGAGGACAGGUCAACCCGAAGACCGCGAACGAUGCGAACGUCGCUCUGUAUGCCUGCUUCGCCGUAGUAGGCUUCGCUUCCGGCAGCAUUAUCAACCGCAUCGGCGCACGACUCGCCUUCUCCAUCGGCGCUUCGGGCUACGCUCUCUACAUGGGCUCGCUCCUUUCGUACAACAUCAACGGGAACCGCGGCUUCGUCGUCGCAGCCGGAGCACUCCUCGGCGUCUGUGCCGGUCUGCUGUGGACCGCUCAGGGGUCGCUCAUGCUCGCUUACGGAACCGAGCAGACGAAAGGUCGCCUUAUCGCUCUGUUCUGGAUUGUCUUCAACCUCGGAGGAGCGCUCGGCUCGGCCAUCGAGGUCGGCCUGACCUGGAAGUCGACGAGCAACACGGUCGGCAACUCGGUCUACAUCGUCUUCCUCGUCAUUGCCGCUUGCGGCUCUUUCCUCCCGCUUCUGCUGGUUGACCCAGCGACAAUGGUGCGGUCGGACGGCACGCGAGUCAUCCCGCCGGUUCACCCGACCUGGAAGAAGGAGGUAGUCGGGAUGUGGCAGUUGAUGCGCAAGGAGGUCAUCCUCGUCUUCCUCCUCCCGCUCUUCUUCUCCUCAAACUUCGGCUACACCUGGCAGCAGAACAGCUUCAACGGCGCGCUGUUCACCCUCCGCACUCGCUCGCUCAACUCGUUCCUUUUCUGGUCAUGCCAGAUGGUCGGCGCCGGCAUCUUCGGCAUCCUGAUUGACCUGAAGCGGUUCCGCCGGAAGUCGCGCGCGUGGGUCGCGCUUGCGGUCCUGCUCGCCUUCCAUUGCGCGGUUUGGGGAUCGGGCUAUCACUACCAGAAGGACUACUACCGCACGCCAGACGGCGCCUCUCACCCUCGCAUCGACCUGCGCGACGCGGGCUACGGUGGCCGAGCCGCCCUCUACGUUUUCAUGGGCAUCCUCGAUGCCAUCACGCAGAACUACGCCUACUGGCUGAUGGGCGCUAUCUUCAACCAGCCCGCUUCGCUCGCUCGUCUCGUCGGCGUCUACAAGGCCAUUCAGUCAGCUGGCGCAGCAGGCGCAUUUGCGAUGGACUCGGCAGAGACGGCGUAUAUGAGCGAGUUGGCCGCGACGUGGGCCGUCUGCGUCGCCGGACUCGUCUUCUGCAUCCCGGUGCUCAUCUUCCGCCUCAAGGACCACACGGACGACGAGCUUGUCGUCGAGGUCGGAUCUCACGACGAGAUUUCCUCCACGAGCGAGAAGAAGGCGGACGAAGCGGAACUAUAG